AUGGAGGUGUUCAGGGAUUUGUUCUGUAAAUCUUGGUGGGGGUCUAAUUAUACAGACAGAGCGAUUAGGAAUUCGGAGGGAAGGGCAGGAGGAAUUGUAUGCUUGUGGAAUAGGGAGGUUUUCGAAGCUUCUAGUACGUGGGAUUUACCGGGGGCGGUGGUGGUGAAUGGUAGGUACAAGGAGGGUGAUAUUUUAUGUUGCAUCAUCAACGUGUACGCACCAGUCGGCACAGGGGAUAAGCGGAUCUUGUGGGAUGUCUUAAGCUCAAUUGUGGAACAAAAUACGGAUAGGAGUGUCUGUAUCUUGGGCGACUUUAACUCAGUUAGGAGGAGGGAUGAACGUGUGGGCAGUGGGGAGACGUUUGGCGCGGCUGAUGCAAGAAGUUUUGAAGAAUUUAUCCAGGAGAACGAUUUGGAGGAAAUUAAAACUCAAGGCCGGAAGUUUACUUGGCACAAACCAAAUGGAAAGUGCAAGAGUAAGAUUGAUCGCUUCCUCGUUAAUGAGAAUUGGCUGGCUGCUUGGGAACGGACGUCGGCACGAGGACUUCAACGUUCAAUUUCGGAUCACUGUCCGAUUAUUCUCACUACAAGAUCGGAGGAUUGGGGACCAAGACCUUUUCGGUUCCUCAAUGCAUGGGUGAAUCAUUCGGAGUUCGAGGAGAUGGUCAAGCAGGUUUGGACAGGGACUAAGGUGGGGGGAUGGAGCUUUUUUGAGGUUAAGGAGAAACUGAAGAAACUCAAAGAGGCCUUGAAGGUGUGGAAUCGGACAUCUUUCGGUGAGAUUGAUCACAAAAUUAAAGAACUUCAGAAGGAACUUCAAGAGAAGGAUAAGGUGGACGAACAAAGAGGUCUUGAAGAAUCAGAGGUGAUUAGGAGAAAUGAGAUUCAAGCCCUGCUCUCCCUUCAACUGAAGAAUAAACAGAUGAUGCUGCAACAGAAAGCCAAAAUCAAAUGGCUCAAAGAGGGAGACACUAAUUCGGGUUUUUUUCCAUAG